CGCUGCGUAGUUUCGCGUAUGAUAUCAUGGAGCCUCAACGUAUUACACGCAGAGUGUAUGAAGGUGCCGAAACCUCCGGGCUAUUUAGAAUUACCGGAGUACGCUUAACUCCGUUCAAGCCCGAUGAAACAUUUAGGACACAGCUAGUUGACAACAUCGAGCAGUAUGAAUCUGGUUGCAGAGUUCACCCUAGGUGCUUCGGGCAUAUGUGCCGCACUCCAGCAGGUCUUAUACUGCCACCCCAAUCAAUGUCGAUGCGGUCAAUGGAGAUUGUGACCGAGUAUCAUGCAGCAGCCAGACUUGCGUUCGCUAACAAUCGAGAAGAGUAUAUUAAGAAGUUGCGUGAAACUAACUAUGGAAAGCACGGAAAUUUACGUGCAAUAAUGUCAACACCGGUAGCCGGGAGCAUGAGACUAGUCGCAAGACCCCAAUGGUUUGAUAAAAGAGUUAUAAUGGUGUCGCAGAAUCUUGCGUCGAAAUUGAGGGUAUGCAAGAAGGUAUACAACAAAGAUGGAAUCGAGUGUAGCACAUACAGAGAGACGACACUACAGGAGGGCGAUUAUGUCAUUGUUGUUAGGCCACCAUCACUUACUAUUGCAAACACCCAAGCGAUGAAAGUUGUCUUCUGGGAUCUUGAUUGUCUCGGAAUUCAUCCCGAGACGUUUAGUAAGUUUCAUGGUGAUUUUGAUGGUGACGAAGCACACGCAACCCCUGUAUAUGACAAAGAGUCUAUUGAAGAGUGUGACAACUGGCUUGUUAUACCAUACAGCGUGUUCGAUGAUGCACGCGAGCUGUUUCAUUCCUUGCCAGAUCAUCUUAAAGGAGAUAAUGUGCAGUACGACGAGAACCGCGCUCCAUUCAUUGAAUACACGACUCUAAGCAUGAAGCAGAUAAAGGAUGGUGCACCUCGGCUCGUGUUUGGUGAUAUGACACGAAACAAACGCCAUCACAUUAAUGGCACGAUGGAACGAUUUAAUAGCAGCAGCUUUGCAGAUUCUUUUGUUGCAAAUUCAAUCCAGGGUAUAAAUGACGUGGUACGGCAGCAACUAUCGCAAGGUGCAAUAGGUGAGAUGUCUAGAGUGGCAAGAAUUGCAGCGUCAUGUUUUGUCAGAUUAGAGAAGCCCGGGCUCUACGUGCUCGAGCGAAGACAGCGUAGGCUAUUGGUAGACGAUGGAGCUACUGAUCCAGGAUCACCGUCCGUGAGAGCAAUUGCUAAUUUUUGUGCAGUUGCACAGCAGGCUGCGCUCGAUUCUCAUAGAGCUGAGACUCAUGGUCCAAUAUCGCACGACAUGAUAUCUGAUUUGCUGCUAGGUACCUACAAAAGAAAGACUAUGUUGAGUCCGACUUCUCAUUGCACAGUGGUACAAGUUGAUACAUCCAUACCGGAUUCUAUCAUUUCAGGCAUGAAACCAAAAUGGAAUUACGAAUCUGGUGGUCUUAUCACGUUGCUAUGCGAGCCAGCUGCAUUCACGAGAGCUGCAUGCAAAUAUCUAGUCGCUGCGUACAAUCCUAUUAUACUGUUGAAAGCAUCAAAUGUGAACAAAGAUAUUAAAGGCUUGUGUCGACGAGGCAUUAUUCUGAUAUGCAACUAUUAUUCUAUCGGGAUGUCUGAAAUUGAGCUAGAUGAUAUCUCUGCAGUCGUGUCAUAUCGACCAUCAGCGUC